UCCGCUCCCGGGCCUGCCGCGUCGCGCGUCCUCCGCUUCAGGCUCGGGUCAUCGGGCCACGCGCGAUGGGGUCCCGCAGCCCUGCGGCCGCGUUGCUGGUGCUGCUGAGUGCCGGGUGCGCGCUGCCACCGGGGCGCGCACAGUACGAGCGCUACAGCUUCCGCAGCUUCCCGCGGGACGAGCUGAUGCCGCUCGAGUCGGCCUACCGCCACGCGCUCGACCAGUACAGCGGCGAGCACUGGGCCGAGAGCGUGGGCUACCUAGAGGUGAGCCUGCGGCUGCACCGUCUGCUGCGCGACAGCGAGGCCUUCUGCCACCGCAACUGCAGCGCGGCUACGCCCGCUCCCAUGCCCGCCGGCGCUGCCGGCCACGCCGAGCUGCGCCUCUUCGGCAGCGUGCUGCGCCGGGCGCAGUGUCUCAAGCGCUGCAAGCAGGGCCUGCCCGCCUUCCGUCAGUCGCAGCCCAGCCGCGCGGUGCUGGCCGACUUUCAGCAGCGCGAGCCCUACAAGUUCCUGCAGUUCGCUUACUUUAAGGCCAAUGACCUCCCGAAGGCCAUCGCUGCGGCUCACACCUACCUUCUGAAGCACCCUGACGAUGAGAUGAUGAAGAGAAACAUGGCGUAUUACAAGAGCUUGCCUGGAGCUGAGGACCACAUUAAAGACCUGGAGACCAAGUCAUACGAGAACCUGUUCGUCCGUGCGGUGCGGGCCUACAAUGGGGAGAACUGGAGGACGUCCAUUACGGACAUGGAGCUGGCGCUCCCUGACUUCCUGAAAGCCUUUUAUGAGUGCCUGGCAGCCUGUGAAGGCUCCAGGGAGAUUAAGGACUUCAAGGACUUCUACCUGUCCAUUGCAGACCAUUACGUAGAAGUUCUGGAAUGCAAGGUUCAGUGCGAGGAGACCCUCACCCCGGUCAUCGGCGGCUACCCCGUGGAGAAAUUCGUGGCCACCAUGUACCACUAUUUGCAGUUCGCCUAUUAUAAGUUGAACGAUCUAAAGAACGCAGCCCCCUGUGCCGUCAGCUACCUGCUCUUCGACAAGGAUGACAAGGUCAUGCAGCAGAAUCUGGUCUACUAUCAGUACCACAGGGACAAGUGGGGCCUCUCGGACGAGCAUUUCCAGCCCAGAGCCGAAGCAGUGCAGUUCUUUAAUGUGACGACGCUCCAGAAGGAGCUGUACAGCUUUGCCCGGGAACACCUAAUGGAUGAUGAUGAGGGAGAGGUUGUGGAAUACGUGGAUGACCUGCUGGAGAUGGAAGAGGCUGGUUAGUCCACAGCAACUACAGAGACUUCUCUUCGUGUUCCUUCUUCAAGUGCCUGGGCUGUUGAUACCUCAGAGCCUCCCCUUUUAAAGGCAAGGGGGGCCACCAUCCCUUUUACCACACGGAACCAGGGUCCAGCCUGCCCUCCCUGUGUUCACACCUGUCCACCCAGCUGUCUUCUCUGCACUCACACUCGUCUUCAUGGCCAUGUCUCCCCAGCCAUCUUCCUUCGUUCACACCUGUCUUUCUGCCCACGCAUACUUCCUCGUCAUCCCAUCGGUCCUCCCCACGUUCAUAUCUCUCUUCCCUCUGACCCCUCCUGUUUCCCCCAUGUUCAGAAAGACAGUCUUCUGUGGUCUGUUUUUUUUUUUAAUCCCUAAAAAAAAAAUCAGUAUUAUUUUUUAAGUAAGAAAAACACUAAAAGAUGAUAAAUAUAUUUGAAGAAUUCUUUGGUCUCUCUGGUCUUCCAGACCUCGUCUCCUUCAUGCCACUUGUUAAAGAUGAAAGAUGGCAGAAGAUAAAGGCUAAGCUGCCUGGGACCUCAUGAUGGUCUUCACUUGGUCUGACCCAAGCGACGCCUGCACCCAUUGAGAGACAAAUUAGUAGAUGCACAGAAGGAGACGUAGGCCCAGUUCCUUUGAGUCUUCAGACCAUAAUGGGUUUCAGUGCCCAGUUACAAGUCCCUGAGUUAGAAAGGGGCGGGCUCUAGUUUAAUUUGCUCUUCUAAGUGUUGUUACGUUCCUGUCCUGCACCAGGGGCCUUUAACCCACAGCAGAGGUCCAGUACAGAAUACCCAAAGGGAAAAAAAAGCCUUCUCGUCUUAGUUUCUGGUCCGGGAGCAAGGACAAUACACCGACACAGCAACUGAGCCAGGGUUUUAUUCUGUCUCACAGCUGGAGGGUGGAUUCCAUCAUGGUGGGGGAGCCAUGGCAGCAGGAGCCUGAGAUAGCUGGUCAUGUCGCAUCUGCAGACAGUGAACGCUGGUGCUUAGGUCACGUCCUUCCUGGCUGUCUUGAAACUCGCUCUGUAGACCAGGCUGGCCUCGAACUCAGAGAUCUGCCUACCUCUGCCUCCCCAGUGCUGGGAUUAAAGACGUGCCCCGCCACCACCAAGAUAACUUCCUUUUUUAUUUUGUCUGGGCUCCAGCCCCAGGAAUGGUGCUGCCCACACACAGGGUGGGUCUUCUCACUUCAGGUAAUGUAAUGUGGGAACUCCUUCACAGACAUGCCCAGAAGCUCUUCUCGUCGGCGAUUCUGGAUCCUGUCAAGUUGACGUUCAAUGUUAACCACUAUGCUGCUCUCUCAGUUUAGAAUCUGCAGGAAGAGGGACAUUCAUGGGUUUGUAGGAGCCAAUGUGUCCUGGGUGUGGGAUGCUGGCUGGGGAGAAUGAAGCAGGGAAGAGCAGGAGUUGGAAUGAGGGGAAGCGAGGCCAGACUCACUGAGAAGGUGAUGCUGAAGCCAAGGCUUUGAGGCAUCAAGGUCUCAGGAUGUAGCCUUCCGGAUCCAAGGAGGAAUAGGAGCAGUGCCUGGAAGGAAGGGCACUGAGAUAGGUGUGAUUGGGAAGUGGCAGGGAGGCCAACUAGGCAGGCACCAGGGAGGGAUGGCUAGGCAGGCAUGUGGGCUGGAUGUCAUCAAUUUGACAGGAUUUAGGGUUCUCUAGGAAACAAGCCUGUAGGCGUGCCUAUGAGGAUGGUUCUGUAGGUAAACUGAGGUAGAAAGACCCACCCUAACUGUGCCUGGCUCCCUCCUGGGCUGGGGCCUUAGACCCAAGAAAGGAAGAAAGAAAGUGAGCUGGGUACUAGCC